AUGCGAACUGCAGAUCUAGAUAAAGAAACCAUGGAUAUCCGAACUUCUGACGCUUCCUCUAUUAAUAGUAGCAAUGUUGAUGAUGUCGAUGUCGUCAAUUCUAUUUAUUCAUCCUUAUCAAGACCAAAUGGUAAUGUUAUAAGCGAAGAUAUUGGUAGUAAAUUGGAACAUUUAUCUACAAUCACCACAAGAGAAAAGAUUGAAAAUAAAAUUUCUGAUUAUGAUGUUACUUUUAUUAGUGACGGUCCACCAGAUCCAGAAAAUGUGACUAAGUUUUACUCCAUGUAUCGUAAGUAUUACAUAUCUUUGUUAAUUACUUUCACUUGUAUGGUUAUCACUAUGAUUUCUUCCAGUUGGACAUUUGUAUCACCUCAUGUUAUGAAGAAAUUUAACAUCUCUCAUGAAGUUAGUAUUUUGGGUAUUACAUUGUACGUCUUUGGGUUGGCCUUUGGUCCUUUGUUCUUAUCUCCAUUAAGUGAACUGUAUGGCCGUAGGUAUACCUUUAUCAUUUCAUUGGUCUUGAGUAUUUCAAUGCAGUGUUUGACUACGUGGUCUCGUACUAUUGCUGGUGUAAUGAUUGGAAGAUUCUUAAGUGGGUUCUUUGGUUCUUCAUUUUUAAGUGUUGCGGGAGGUACUUUGGGUGAUCUUUUUGAUAAAAGUACGAUUACUGUUCCAAUGGCAAUUUUCACUAGUGCUGCUUUCUUAGGUCCUUCAUUAGGUCCAAUUAUAUCUGGUGCAUUCUACACUACUGAUUAUAGAUGGACAUUUAUUACUUUUAUUAUUGCGUCUGGUGUUUGUUUAAUUCUAAUUAUCUUUACUGUUCCAGAGACGUAUCCGCCAAUGUUAUUGAUUAAUAAAGCUAAACGUCUUAGACAAGAAACUGGUGAUGAUAAUUAUAUUGCUCUUUUGGAAACAGUUCGUUCAGAGACCUCAUUGAUCUCUGCUGUUUUCUUAUCUUCAAGAAGACCCUUUGCACUUUUAUUCCGUGAUCCAAUGAUGGGUGUCCUGUGCUUUUAUACAGGAUUCGAAUUAGCCAUUAUAUACUUAUAUUUUGUCGCUUUCCCUUACAUAUUUGAAAACGUUUAUGGAUUUGGUGUCAUGGGCGUAGCUUGUGCUUAUAUUGGUAUGAUGGUUGGUAUGAUCUUUGGUGCAUGUACAUCUUUCUAUUUCAAAAGAAGUUACGAUCGUAAAGUUGCUGCUAAUAAUGGUAAAAGUACCCCCGAGAUGAAAUUCGAACCAUUAUUCUAUGGCGCAUUCUUAACACCAAUUGGUUUAAUGAUAUUUGCUUGGACAUGUUAUCCUCAGGUUCAUUGGAUAGGUCCGAUCAUUGGAAGUGGUAUAUUCGGUGCAGGUGUAUUUUAUGUAUUUACUGGUGUAUUCAAUUAUACAGUCGAUGCAUAUAGAAAAUACGCUGCAUCAGGGCUUGCUUGUAAUGCCUUUGUGAGAUGUGUCAUGGGUGGUGUCUUCCCAUUGUUUGGACUACAAAUGUAUAAGAAAAUGGGUAUCAAUUGGGCCGGUUUUUUUAUUGCUAUGAUUACCGUGCUAUUAAUUCCAGUACCAUUUUUAUUUACAAAGUAUGGACCUUACUUGAGAUCUAAGUCACCUUACACAUGGACAGAAUAA